AUGAAGUUCCACGCAACCGCACUUACACUUGCAUACCUGGCAAGCUCUGCUUCGGCAGCAGUGGCCCAGCCGAGGAGUGAAGCAAUCCAGUCAACUACUCCCGAAGGCAAGACGUUUUCCAUCUCUCAGAUAUAUAAUGAACAGUACAAAGGAACCAACGUCCCGGCCAGCUACAUUGCGGCUCUCGUGAAAUAUAGCCCCCAGCUUCCGGAGCGUAUCAAGCAUGUGAUCAGGAUCAAUCCGGACCUGCACCGCAGGUUUGGCUCUCUCCUCGACGCCGGCAAUCAGACGGGCACUGCCGUUGCCACACCGUCUCCGGGAGCCGAUUCGGAAUAUGUGUUGCCUAUCAAGAUUGGCACACCACCUCAAACCUUGCCAAUAAACCUUGAUACCGGUUCAUCGGACCUUUGGGUCUUCUCGACAGACACGUAUCCGUCUCAAGUCCAAGGCCAGGCGAUUUACAACCCCGGUGCGUCAAACACCAGCGUACGCCAGAACGGUCUAUCAUGGGUGAUCAAGUACGGAGACGGUUCCAGCGCCAACGGCAUCGUCUACAAGGACCGUGUCCAGAUCGGCAACACCUUCUUCAACACACAGUCCGUUGAGUCUGCCAUUCAAGUCUCCGCAGACAUCAGCGACGACACCUUCUCGUCCGGCAUUCUCGGUGCCGCCGCCAGUACUGGCAAUACAGUUCGUCCCACCAAGCAAAAGACAUACUUUGACAACAUCAAGGACCAGCUCGUGAAGCCGCUCUUCACGGCCAACCUCAAGAAGGGCAAGCCCGGCAACUACAACUUUGGCUACAUCAACGCCUCCGAGUACACGGGCGCCAUCCAGUACGCCGCCAUCAACCCCAAUGGCCCCCUGUGGGAGAUCUCUGUCGGUGGUUACCGCGUCGGCAGCAACGACACAAGGUACGUGGCCCGCGUGUGGAACGCCAUCGCCGACACUGGCACCACGCUGCUCCUGGCACCCACCGACAUCGUCAGGGCCUACUAUGCGCAGGUCAACGGCUCCAUCUUGAGCAACGAAGUGGGGAUGAUGGUGUUCCCCUGCGCCGCAAAGCUGCCCGACUUUGCCUUUGGACUGGGCAACUACAGAGGCAUCGUCCCGGGUCCUUACAUGAACUAUGGAAAGAUCAACAGGACGUACUGCUACGGCGGCAUCCAGGAUUCCGAGGGCGCGCCGUUUGGUGUCUUGGGAGACAUUGCCCUCAAGGCUCAGUUUGCCGUCUUUGACUUUGGCAACAAGGUUGUAGGGUUCGCCAACAAGAACACCACCGUCUAG